AUGGCCGACCAGAUGUCGGCGCCACUGCUGAAGAUGCACGACCCCAACUCGCCCAUCAAGACGCCUCACCUCGACAAGCUGGCCGAAAGCGGAGUCGUCUUCGAGAGUGCCUACUGCAAUGCGCCCCUCUGCGCGCCCUCCCGCUUUGUCAUGGUGACAGGUCAGCUCCCCCACAAGAUUGGCGCCUAUGACAACGCAUCGCACCUUAACGCCGACGUCCCCACGUUCGCCCACUAUCUGCGAAAGGAGGGCUACGAGACGACCUUGGCCGGAAAGAUGCAUUUCAUUGGCCCUGAUCAGUUGCACGGCUUCGAAAACCGCCUGACUUCGGACAUCUACCCUGGCGACUUCGGCUGGUCCGUCAACUGGGACAAGCCUGAGGAGCGCCAGGAGUGGUUCCACAACAUGUCUUCAGUGCUGCAGGCUGGCCCCUGCGUCAGGUCCAACCAGCUCGAUUACGACGAGGAAGUCAUGUACAAAUCCACCCAGUUCCUCUACGACCACGUGCGCAAGGGAGAUAAGCAGAGGCCCUUCUGUCUGACGGUCUCUCUGACGCACCCUCACGAUCCUUAUGCGAUCACGGAGGACUACUGGGAUCGCUACGAGGAUGUGGAGAUACCCCUGCCCAAGGUCCACAUUAAGCAGGAAGAUCAGGACCCACACUCGGAGCGCGUGAUGAAAUGCAUCGAUCUGUGGGACAACGACGUUCCCGAAGAAGCAGUCAAGCGCGCGCGCCGCGCCUACUACGGCGCUUGCUCCUACGUCGAUGAUCAGAUCGGAAGGCUUCUGACGACGUUGAAGCGCUGCAAGCUGGACCAAAACACCAUUGUCGUCUUCAGCGGCGACCACGGAGACAUGCUUGGAGAGCGCGGUCUCUGGUACAAGAUGUCCUGGCACGAGGGCAGUGCUCGCGUGCCUCUCAUCAUCAACUACCCGCCUCGAUUCAAGCCUCGCCGCGUCAAGGAGUCUGUCUCCACGAUGGACCUGCUGCCGACGCUGGUCGACCUGGCCGGCGGGAGAAUGGACACCGGCUUGUCGAUCGACGGAGUAAGUUUCUACCCGGCGCUCUAUGGCCACAAGGUCAGCGACGAGGUCUUUGGCGAAUACAUGGGUGAGGGCACGAUCUCUCCAGUCUGCAUGAUCCGCAGGGGCCGCUGGAAGUAUGUCACCAGCUUGGUGGACCCUCCGCAGCUGUUUGAUCUGGAGAAGGACCCGCGAGAGCUGCACAACGUUGCCAAUUCGGAGGACUCGUUGUACGCAAAGGUCUCGCACGACUUUGCCAACGAGGCGGCCAAGAAGUGGGAUCUGGAGGCCAUCCAUGACGACUGCCUGAAGUCGCAGCGCCAACGCCGUCUGUGCUGGAACGCACUCAAGAAGGGCAAGUUCGAGUCUUGGGACUACCAGCCUCAGGACCUCGCGUCGCAGAAGUACAUCCGCUCGACGAUUCCUCUGGACGACCUGGAACUGAGGGCGCGCUACCCGCCCGUUGAUGCUUUCGGCAAGCCGUACAUCACAGCCCAUCCUCACGGCAUCGCUGGCGCAAAGGGCGAGUAG